UUCGUCGUCUUUGCGGGCAUGAAUUGUCAUCGUAAUUGCGAAAAUUCAUGGAUGAAAAAUUUACGGCUUGUUUCGCUGUGGAAUCCUCCAGGGUCAUGAGCCGCAAGCAGGUUUUGUCGAGCGACGAGCAAUUGAUGUCCGUAGUCCGAUGUGUUCAGUAGUGCCUGAAAACUGCAGCUUCUAGAAACGCCCACCGUGGUAUUGUCUGUCGGGUCGCCAUUUAAGUGACUUACUGUGGCAGCUAUUUUGUGGAGGUGGUAUCAAAAAAAAUCUCGCAUAACCGGCGUAAAGGAGCAUCUGAAAGUCAACACCGGGCAUCACACUCGGCCACCUCGGCCUGCGGAACUAUGUUAAAUUGUACCGAUCUCGCCUGCGUCCUACAUCACCAUCACUUCUAUGCCCAUCUCCACCACCUGAAACAUCAUUUACAGGAUGACCACGAUCACCACGCACACCAUGGGCACGAAAAUCACGACCCUCAUCAAGCAGCCGGAGAAGGGAGUGACGUAGACAACAACAACAUUCAAGAUCUGCUUAAUGAUACCGAUUCCGAGUUAUCUUCCCUGUCGCAUCUUGAUGCUCCCAACGAUGUCCUGUAUAUGGUAUGUGGAGUCGUCAUUGCCAUGCUCCUCGUGGGCCUCAUCAUAGUUUUAGUUGCAGUUACGAUCAGUAAGCUGAGAAAGCGGGAAGAAUCGUCGACGGUGACGGCGAAUAAUGUCGAAGCGCCACCACACCACCAUCACAACCACCACCAACAACAGCAGCAGCAGCAACAUCAAAACGGGACUAGCCAUCUGCAGCAGCAGUCGCAUCAUACCCAUAGCGGCAGUAAUCAGCAUCACGGCCACCAGAACGGCGGCAGCACUCCGGAAACGGGCUACUCCGUCCCGACGCCGAUAGCCUUCCGACAGAGCCCGUCGACUGUGUGGGUCUUUCCACCGUUACCACCGCAGCCGAACAUCUACAACGCCAGCAGUCAGGAUGCGUUAGUACAUAACGAGAAGACCGGCCUCAAGGGACUAAAGCGUCAGCUGUCCGGUCGAUUCAAACGACUGGUGUCACGAAAAACGCACGAACCGGCCCCAGCCAUACCGCCAGAACUCAAACCACAGCUGAAGACGAUCUACGUGUACUGAGCUCUAAACACUGAUUUCGGGUCAGCCAAACGAGAGGGGGACUGUAAAGUAUUAGGAAUGCGCGCCUCUGACAUGAGCUGAUAACAAACUAGUGAACGGACAGCAACAUAAGAUGAGCUUUCUCUCCAUUUAGAUUUCCAUUCCUACCGAGCAGAAUACUUGAUCUUGAUCGGUCACGAUAGACUGCAUCGGGCACAACCGUUUGGUUAGAAUUGCAAGAACCAGUUGCAGACGUUUGGUUUAUUGUCGAUUAUCUGUCGUUCGAACCUUGGCUAUCGGCCAACGAGAAGCUUAAACUAAUUUAAUUUAUUGAUUUUUAUUCUUGGGUCGACCAAAAAUGGUAUUAGAGAAAAUUAUAGCCUACGGACGGUGCCGCACUGUGUGUGUGUUCAGUAUACAGUGAAGGUGGUCUGAAAAUCUGCGAACUCAACAUCACCAACUCACUGUUACAGUGAUUCUCAAAUUCCACAGACCUUUUCACGAGCGGCAUUUUGCGGAGGUAAUUUGCAAAGGACUUGUAUGGAGGAUGUAUGUGAGCAGAUAGCAUUCAAAGGUGCGAAGUUUUGAACGACAAAUUUGACAGGCACGAGUAUCGUGAAAGAGCGUGCAACACCUUUUCGCUCCGAUAACUUUUAUUCCUGUCCUCGGAUGAUUUUUAUUUCUGUAUCCAACUGGCAUUCCAAAGUUCGAUCACCACACUACAGGGAAGAAACGCUUUCCGGUUCUCGAUGUUUAAUUGAAAUUGAACAGACAAACGAAAGGCUCACGCGGAUUCUAGUAAUAUUUCACCAAGAAAGGACAUCUGAGUUUUGAUCUAUUCCAGUUUCUUUUUCCCAUCGCAACUACCGCUCAUUUUUGCCUAGAGAAUACUAGAAGAAGACUGACACACCAUCACUCUGGCACACACGCACGUAUAGAGAUGAAGGCUUUUAGGCGGGAAGACGACAAAAAAAGAGACAGCUACGUGAAUAUGUUAACGGGAAUGAGAGAUAAGCACACGGAACGGAUCGCGGCAUUGUGCUGGUAGCGGAACGAAACUGGGAAACGCAGAGAGUACGAGUAGCAUGUAGACUGUCUUUUAGCUACAAUCAUUUAGAUUAUGACGAAAGCCUUGUCGAUUAGAGCGGGCGCAGUAGAGAUGCAGGAGAACGCGCCACGUGCUUACUUCCGCACAGCCCCCCAACGAGAUUGAUUUCAAAACGUCGAGUGCUGGACAGAGGAAAGUGGACAGACUAGAGAAUCCGUGGACUUUUGUAGGAUCGCGACCACUUGACGCACAACCUGCACAAACCGUUUCAAACUGCAGACACCGAAAAACUCACUCACUGCUACAUCAGCGAAUCAAGAAGCUGGCCCGAGUUGGAAAAUCGGUGCGAAGAGCGGUGGUUGAUUGGUGCGAGCAAAAGUCGAACCGUUAAAAGCCCCAUUCGAUUUCCAAUGACCCGAGGUCUAACCUGUAAACGAAACAUCUUCCUAGUUUAGGCUAGCCUAGCUCGCGGCACCGCUUUUACAAAUGCUUUCAUCGCCUGAAACGAAAUAAUGAGCAGUUUUUCAUUCCCCGCUAUUAGCUAAGAAAAUGAUCAGAAACCGUCAGCAAAUAAGUGGAACGACAAAAACACACAGAGAUAAUCGAUGAUAUUCCUGUCGGACAGUAAGGACGAAGAACUAUUGAGAUGUAAUGAUGUUCCAGCGGGUCAGCUCGAAAAACGAUGUGUGUGGCCGGCAUUAUUGGCGUUCGGAAAUUUUGAUUUCUAUGUGUUUUGUGUAGAACAAUGCUUGUAAGAGCCAGGCGAGAGAAGUAUGUUCACUCACAUUGAGUGCCCGCGAUCUGAAAGUGAUUGAAACUAUUUCGAACAGCACUGAGUCAGCGAUAGGAGUGCGGUGGCAUGUUUGAUAAACCGGUGCGUAGCAAGAGGUAAAAAAAUCCGUAUUUUUAGUAUUUUAGAUUAGCACAUUGAAUGGUGCGAUAGUGAAAGUUUACAAAGUAGAUAACGUGUGAGAAAGGAUUGUAACCUAACAUUGUAAGUGAUGAUGAUAAUUGUAAUUUAAAAUAUAAAAAUGUAUUGAU